ACGAGUCGCGCCGAUGUCGCGGACGAUUCCGACGCGGGCGCUCGACGCCGUGUACGACCCGGUCUACACGGUGUCCAACACGGGCGGGCAGUGGAAAGGCGGGUACCGGCCGCACCACCACAGCCGCCGCAGCGGCGUGCCGUCGACAACCAGCGAUGGCCAGGUCGCAGUCAGCGGCGCCCAGCGCGCCAAGUACUUUAAGCGACCCAUCUUGCCGUACGUCCAGACCGUGCCACCAGAAAUUCUCCUCUCCCCUGUGGCCAAGACUGCAGAGCUGAACCACGCGGCGGACGACGACUUGGAGCCAACACGGUCUGUCGGCGUCCAGACCAUGUACCGCGACUCGGAGGCACAGACGACUCCGUACACGCCCGACUACACGAUCAAAGUCGGGACGUCGCCCGAGAUCGCGACGCUGGCCAACCUAACGUUCGCCGACGGGCUGCCUGCCGGCAUGGCGGAGAUCGAGCUCAUUGAGCGCAACCGCAAGAAGCGCGCGUUCGACGCUUCCCUGCCGCCCAUGACGGACGAAGCGUCCUUCUCGCUCCGGAAAAAGAUGAUGGAGCAGCAGGAGAAGGCCGAGUGGGCGUUCCGCGAGGUCGAGAUCGACCGCGUCCACGACCAGCGCCUCCAGUUGCUCGAGAAGGCGCUCAUCGAGCGCGACCACGAGCACGAAUUCCUCACCGAGCAGCGCAUCGAGGCGCUCCGGCAGCGACUCACGCAAGAGAAGGAUGCGGCCCUCGAAGGCAUGCAGCAGGAGCGCGUGACCGCGCUGCGGAAGCUCUCGAAGCGCCGCGCCGCCGCGCAAAAGGUGCUGCCCAAGCGCGAUUUGAAGCGCGACAUCAUUGGCGAGUACGCUGCGUUCUCGUCGACGGUCUACGCCCCGAUGGCGCGCAGUGGCAAGGGCGGGCGCAAGCCCGUGCACGAGGUGGGCCUCGCGACGGUUCACGCGAUGGCCGACAUUGAUGCGCUCGAGGCGUCGGUCGCCCACCGCUUGACCAUGCAGACGACCAAGCCGCCGCCGAAAGCGAUCAAGACGGCCAAGGACCGCCGCGAAGCCGCGAUCGAGGCCCACUUGCUCUCGAUGCAGACCAAGAUCAAUCUCAGUAAGCAGGGCCACGAGCCCGACGCGGCGACGGCGCACAAGUUUCGCCAAGAAAAGAUCGUGCGCCCGCCGACACCCAUCUACGCGACGCUGGACGACGACGAGCAGCUCCACGACGCAGUGCGCCUCCUCCAAAAGCUUCUCCGCGGCCGCGCCGUGCAAAACACCAUGUACGAAGGCAAAGACCGCCGAUCCGAGCUCAUCGCGGAGCUGCGGUCCAAUGAAGACGCGCCCGAAGGGGACGAGCUCGAGGCGAACGAGACCGAGAAGAGCCAGCUCGCGCGACUCACCAAGGCUGCGACCGACAAGACGCAAGGUGAAGUCGUCUCGGAGCUCCUCGAUUUCCUCUCCAAGGAGCUCGUGCGCGUGAACGAGCAAGCGACGCUCAGCGACUUUGUGCGCGCGGCCGAGGACGAGCGGCGGAAGCGCGAGGCCAUCGAGGGCGGCCGGCGCCACGCCGAAGACCAGCUCCGCCGUCGCGAAGACGCGGUCUAUAAAGCCAUCACGCGCGUGCACGAAGAGACUGCCGACAACUUUAUUCUCGACAUUCUCGAGUCCGUGGUGGCCGAUGACGCCACCCACACGGCGACACACGAGUCGAGUGUCGCCUCCAGUGCCCUCGCCUCGAUCGUGGGCACGCUCGAGGCCGCGCACAACUCGGACACGGUCGUCGUCCGGGACCUCGUCGCGUCGUUUCUGUUUCCGGAGGUUCAGCGGCAGCGCGUCCAGGAGCAGGUGCUUCAAGAAGAGCAAAAGUACGCGACCGCUGUCCACAAAGCGCUCCAAGCCGCCCAAGUCAACAUGGCCGAAAUCGCCAACGAGCAGCGAACGCUCGAGCAACUCAAGCAGCAGCAGCGAGCGCUCGAGGAGCUCGCGAUCGAGUGAGCGCAAUGUAGGUAAUACUAUUACUCGAAUGCAAAUGUCUUUGCAAACGC